ACACGUCGAACAAGAGAAGCAGCGGCACCACUUUUUUUGGGUCCUGUGUUUCAUGCAUGUGUCAACUCGGAUUUUUUCUAUCAAAUCAGACGAGAAAAAAAUCAAAAACUUGAAUACAUUUCUUUUUUUUUUACCUCACAUAUUUGAAGGGUAACAUUUACCGGUAAAAAAAAAUUAAUUAUGAGCGAAGUGGAAAAGUCAUUAUUACUAAGUAAACGAAACUGAAAACUGGAUGUUGUAGGAUUCGUUGGUGACGGUGAAAAUGGGAAAGAAAAGAGGCAAGGACAGGACCUCUAGAGAGGAGGAGGAGGACAUUGACCUGUCAGGUCCAUCCUGCAGACACAUUAAAAAGGGAUCAGACCAAGCUCUUUUGAAGAAACUCUCUGGGAAUUCUGAUUGGACAAAUUGCCAGGAUUGCAAGCAUGAAGAAAACAAAGAAAAUAUUUGCACCGAUUUGCCAAAGGACUCUGAAGAGGAGGGUGAAGCAGAAGCUGUUUGGAUGUGCUUGAAAUGUGGCCACAGAGGUUGUGGGCGACACUCUGAGAACAAGCAUGCCAUCAAACACUAUGACACUCCUCGGUCAGAACCGCAUUGUCUGGUGAUCAGUUUGGACAACUGGAGUGUGUGGUGUUACAUAUGUGACGAUGAAGUCCAGUACUCCAGGACCGGACAUUUGGCUCAGUUGGUGACCAACCUGAGAAAGUUAGCGUCUGCAGAUCCCAUCAAGAGACCUCAAAAAAGAGUGAAAGAGGAAGACAACUUGAGAGAAGAUGAGAAAAAGAUAGAAACUGUAAAAGUGGAGGAAAGUGAGAACAAAGAAAACAAAGACCGCCAAAAGAAAAGCAUCAAGAAAGAGAGUGUCGCGAAAUUAGAAAAGCCUGACACGUCUGAAGAAAGUUCUGUUGUUUCAGUAAAGGGGCUGAGCAACCUGGGAAACACGUGUUUCUUUAAUGCAGUUAUCCAGAAUCUCUCUCAAACACACCUCUUAAGACAGACGCUCAACAAAGUGACAGAAGAGAAAAUGACUCUUCACAUUGAACCUGUCGCCUCCUCAGAGUUGGAACCUGUCACCGUGCAGUUAGACCAGCCAGGCUCCUUGACUUUGGCUAUGUGUCAACUACUCAAUGAGAUCAAGCAAUCCAAGAAGGGUGUGGUAACACCACGGGAGUUGUUCACACAAGUCUGUAAAAAGGCUGCCAGAUUCAAAGGAUUUCAGCAGCAAGAUAGCCAGGAGCUGCUGCGCUAUCUUCUGGAUGGGAUGCGAGCUGAGGAAAUCAAGAGAGUAAGCUCAGGGAUCACGGAGGUAUUAAAGGAAUCUACAAAAAGCAAAGAUUCAGAGCAGCUGAAGACACUAGUUAAAGAGUAUGAGAAAAAUGGAUGUCCAAAAAACUUAGUGGACCAUGUGUUCGGUGGGGAAACUACUAGUACUGUAAUGUGCCAGCAGUGUAAAACGGUGUCGGUAGUCACGGAGAUGUUUUUGGAUCUCUCCCUUCCUGUCUCAGACGAGGCAUACAGGAAGAAGACUCAGAAAAAAGGUCCUCAGAAAUCCAGUGACUCAAGCCAGGAAGGCAGAGUCAGCCCUGCUUUGACCAAUGGAAGUGACAGUGUUACCGGGACAGGCAGCAAGUACCAGCAGAAGAAAGCAAAGAAGCAGGCAAAGAAGCAAGCCAAGCAACAAAAGAGGCAGCAGAAGUUUGACGGGCGAGCAACUUUGGAAAGUCUCACAUAUACGGGCAACUCAGACAGCGAACAGACAGAUCCUAGUACCGAGGCAAAGGAUGAGGAAAAUGCUGAAAGUGAAAUGCAUGAAGAAGAAAAUCCUGCGCAAAUCAGUGUGUCGGAAGAAGAUGCUAACAACCUUAACACGGUCGAGGAUGAGAAGGAAAAAGAAGGGGAGGAUGAUUCUGUGAUUGACUGCGACUCAACUGUGUCGCCGGUCAGUAAUCGUUUUACUGUCCUAUCAGAAGAUCAGCACACAAAUGACAGCAUCGUAGACGAUGAAAAAACGUCUGACUCUGACCAAGAAGCGGAAGAGGACACACAGCUGGUGAGCGAAAUGGAGAAAGUAAGCCUGGACGACGCCUUCCUCGAAGGCCCGGCUUCCGUGGAAAAAGGCAGGGAGAGUGAGGAUGAGCCGCUGGAGGCUAAAGAAUACACUGUUGUAAGUCAGGACCCAGAGCUGGCCUUCCACACACUGGCUACCAGGAUGAGCCCUGAGAAACAGGAGUGUUCAGUUCAGUCCUGCCUCUUCCAGUUCACAGAAGUGGAAACUCUCACACAGAACAACAGCCUGCUAUGUGUUACCUGCACUAAACGGCAGCCAAAUACAGACAGAAGUGGAGGAUCCAAGAAAAAUAUCUACACUGAUGCCUUGAAGCAGAUGCUGAUCUCCUCUCCCCCACCAGUGCUUACCCUUCACCUGAAGAGAUUUCAACAGAAUGGAUACAGUAUUUGUAAGGUGAACAGACAUGUCGAAUUCCCUUUCAUCCUGGAUCUAGCUCCCUUUUGUGGGGUCAAAAGCAAGAAUGUGACAGAGGGAGAUGCUCAGAUCUUGUACAGCUUGUACGGUAUUGUAGAGCAUAGUGGAACCAUGAGGUCAGGUCAUUACACUGCGUAUGUGAAAGUACGACCUGAAUGUCCUAAAACCCCUUCAAAUGGUCUAACAGCACAAGGAGAUGCAGAGCCACCCAGAGGAUCCUGGUUCCAUAUCAGCGACACAAGUGUUCAGCCUGUGAGCGAGAGUAAAGUGCAGAGUUGCCAAGCCUACCUCCUCUUCUAUGAAAGAAUCGUCUAAUCCACCUGUGCCUUACUUCUCAGGAAAUGCAAACAGACCAACCUGCUGCUGCUGCUGCUGCUUCAGCCGUGCAGCACGACAAACAGUUGACCAACCUUGGCCUGAUUCGUCACAGCUUCCAACAGGAAUGUGAUCGAAUUAUACUGAUUAUACAGAAG